AUGAGCUGGGAUCCAGGAGGUCAGCUCAAGCACAUUGGGGUUCUAAAGGUCAGCUCAAGCACAUUGGGGUCCGAAAGGUCAGCUCAAGCUCAAGGAAAAAAAAAUGUCAUGGACCUCCUGGGAUCAGCUGAGAAACCGAAGGCGUUGAGGUCCAUGAGGUCAGCUCAAGCACAUUGGGGUUCGGAAGGUCCGCUCAAGCGCAAACACACCAAAAAAUAA